GGGCCUAAAGCACAGGACAUGAGUGUUGACAAUACUGUUGCAGUGCUCAGCCUUCCUAUCACUCUCUUCAUCAUUCUCUCCAGUUAAAUCACCUUUUUGCUUUGGUUUCCUGAACCUCCCGUAACCUGCACCAGCUGACUGAUCUGUCUUUGCAGGUUUAAAGGACAUAGGACAUUUCAGUCAUGACUAGGAGUCCUGGUUCCCCGAGUCGUGGCAGCCUGAGUCCUGAGGGGAUUCUGAGAGAGAUCCAGAUCAACUUGCUGGAGUGUAAAGUCUGUUUCGAGAAGUUCAGCACUCAGCAGAGGGAGCACAGACCACAGAAUCUUUCCUGUGGCCAUGUACUCUGUCUGGAAUGCAUCAGGGCUCUGUCCCACCCUCUCCUGAGAAAGCUGGAGUGCCCAUUCUGUCGACAACUGUGCAGUGUUGACAGCACCUCCCACUGCCAGGCUUUAAGUGACCUGCAGGAGCUGCUAUUGUCCCGGAGUCUCACAUCCUCUGCUCCUCUUCACGGGCAAAAGGCAAGCCUUGACCUGGCCCCAGGUCGGACAUCCACACCUCUGCACCUCUGCAAAGCUUUUGGUGGGUGGGGGACUCUUAUCAACCCUACUGGGAUAGCUGUUUUGAGAUCUUCAGGGACAAUAAUUGUGGUGCAUGACGGAGAGAAGAGGGUGGUGGUGUUCAAUCCACAGGGUAGGAAGCUGCACAGUUUUGGGCGAAGAGGACGAGCCAGUUGGGAGGUCUGUUACCCAGUGGAUGUGGCAGUGACUUGCUGUGGUCAUGUUGUGGUGAGUGAUGCUGGGGAUAAAGGUGUGAAGGUUUUCACCUCCACUGGACACCACGUGUUGACUGUCAGAAAUUCCUUCCAGAUGCCCUGGGGUGUGGAUACAGACAGCUGUGGGCACAUCCUGGUCUCAGACGUCCAGGCCGGCACGCUGACCCAGGUAAAAAUGGACUACGCUCAUGGUCUCGCUCUGGAACAUCUAACAGCCAUUUCAGACCUGCAGCAUCCAAAAGCUGUGGCCUGCUGUCGGGUGACUCGGAACACUGCAGUGAUGGAGCAUUUACCAGAUGACAUGUAUUCACCAGGGAGACACCAACACACAAGGCUAAGAGUGUUUACAGAAGACUUCCAACCUCUUUACCAGACUGACAGUUUCAGCCUGACCUUGCAGUCCACAGUGAGGCUGAACAUGUCAGGCAUGGCUUUUAACAGAGAUGGAGAUGUGAUUGUGAUUGACUCCAAUCAGGGGAUGGUUUGGAGUUAUGGGAAGCUUCAGAAUGGCCCAGCCCUGAACCCACUUGUGGGAGACCACCUCAUUCGCCCAGUUGGACUGGUGUCACUGAUCAACACGCUUAUCAUUCUAGACAGUGGAGACCAUACAGUAAAGAUGUAUUCAGCUAAAUAAUAAUGCUUGGCCCAUGAUAUAGUUUAUCUAUAUCUAUCUAUUUAACAGUAUUAUGUGUGUGAGUAGCCUAUGUGAAAUAAGGCUCAUAUAAUGCAGGGAUGACAUGAUCUGGCAAUAAUAAAUGGAAAUUAAAUGAGUGCUAUAGGCAACUGUAUGCUUUGUUUUACACAUAAUAUAUAU